AUUUGAAUGAAGAUUAGAAUUCCAAAAAUUCUGCCAUUGGGCUCUCUCUCUCUCUCUCUAAAUCAUAUAUAUCCCGUCACAAGCGGAAGGAAGAAAAAUCUCAGGUAAAAGAUUGGUUGCUUCACGAACAGAUUCGUAGUUGAAUCACUAUCCCCGUCAUCAGCAUCCUCCUCCAUUUCCAGCGAUGGAACCGCCGGAGCACGCAGCAUUAGGUUUCGAAUCGGCCGAGAAGAUCAUCAGCCGGUGGGACUCCACGGUGUCCGAUGAGGCCAGGGAGCGGAUGAUCUUCGACGGCGACCGCUAUGAGAUCGAUCGCUACUUGCAGGCAGUCGACGAGAUUCGGCGCUCCAUGGAGUCCGCGACGCUGGCCGAAGACCAGAGCAAGGCCAGCACCGCCAUCCAGAUCGCCAUGGCUCGGCUCGAGGACGAGUUCCGGAACAUUCUCAUAGCGCAUACCAGUCCGAUCGAAGCUGAUUCGCUGCUCGAUCCGACUUCAUCCGUACGAUCGACUACCAGAACUGACAGUACUGGCGCUGAACUGCAGGACGAGGACUACGCCGACGAGGACGCGGUGAGCAAGGAAGUUGACCUUCAAGAUAGUGGAGAGAGUAGUGUUAGUUCGAGCUAUCGAUCUGCAUCUAGUAUUCGCGAGAUUGACUUGAUACCUUUCGACGCCAUUGAGGAUCUCAGGAACAUAGCGGAGAGGAUGAUUUCAGCCGGAUACCUCCGCGAGUGCGUUCAGGUGUACGGAAGCGUACGGAAGUCUGUAGUCGACGCGAGCUUCCGGCGACUUGGCAUCGAGAAAUUGAGCAUCGGCGAUAUUCAGAGACUGGAGUGGGAAGCGCUGGAGAAUAAGAUCAGGCGGUGGAUACGAGCCGCCAAGGUUUGUGUUCGAAUUGUGUUCGCGAGUGAGAAAAAGCUCUGUGAGCAAAUCUUCGAACAUUUGGGGACCGCGACGGACGAUGCGUGUUUCAUGGAGACCGUUAAGGGCCCGGCGAUUCAGCUGUUUAACUUUGCCGAAGCUAUAAGCAUAAGUCGCCGGUCGUCGGAGAAGUUGUUCAAGAUCUUGGACCUACACGACGCCUUGUUGGAUUUGCUGCCGGAUGUUGACGUUGUUUUCGAGUCCAAGUCGUCGGAGUCAAUUCGAGUUCAGGCGGCCGAGAUACUGUCUAGGCUGGGCGAAGCGGUGAGAGGGAUUUUGUCGGAGUUUGAGAACAAAGUGCUUCGUGAGCCAUCGACGGUUUCGGUCCCGGGAGGUACAAUCCACCCUCUGACUAGAUAUGUGAUGAAUUAUAUAAGCCUUAUCUCUGAUUACAAGCAAACAUUGAUUGGAUUGAUUGUAUCUAAGCCGUCAACGGGGUCGAGAUAUUCAGGUGAUCCCACGACCCCGGAUAUGGAUUUUGUGGAGUUGGAGGGACGAACCCCUCUGGCUUUCCAUCUGAUUUGGAUCAUUGUGAGUCUACAGUUUAAUCUGGAGGGCAAGGCCAAGCACUACAAAGAUGCCUCUUUGGCUCAUCUAUUCAUUAUGAACAAUGUCCAUUACAUUGCCCAGAAAGUAAGGGGGUCUCCGGAGUUGAGGGAAAUGAUUGGAGAUGAUUAUCUGAAGCAAUUAACUGGAAAGUUCAGGCAGGCAGCCACUAGUUAUCAGAGAUCAACGUGGGUAAGGGUCCUGUAUUGUUUAAGAGACGAGGGACUUCAUGUGAGUGGGAGCUUCUCAUCUGGGGUGUCCAGGAGUGCUCUGAGAGAGAGGUUUAAGACCUUCAAUGCCAUGUUUGAGGAGGUUCAUAGGACGCAAGCUACAUGGUGGGUAUCUGAUAAUCAGCUCCGGGAGGAGCUCCGCAUAUCAAUUUCGGAGAAGCUGAUUCCAGCUUACAGGUCAUUCCUAGGCCGGUUCAGGAGCCAUAUAGAGAGUGGAAGGCAUCCCGAGGCAUAUAUCAAAUACUCAGUUGAGGACCUAGAAGGUGCAGUCUUGGAUUUUUUUGAGGGUUGCCCAGUUUCGCAGCAGCACUUAAGGAGGAGAUCUCAGUGAAAGAGCAAGACCGAAUUUUACCCGUUAGAACCUAGGACACAUUCUUUAAAUUCUUUUAUGGGGUGUUUGGGUGCGCGGUUCUGAUCAUUCUGGGCUUUCCUCAGCUCUUGAAAUCCUUCAAGAUUACCAGCAAAUUUUGUGGACAUCCAAAGAGAUUGAGCACACAUGACUAAUUAACGCGUUCCAGAAUAACCAGGUCCCUCAACCUUGAAUGCUUCUUCCCUGUAAGGAGGUUGUUGUUUGAUUAUUCACUACAUUCUAGAUUUUAUUUAUUUUUUUCAUCCAUUGUUCAUAUGGGAAUUGUUGUUUGUGUUGUAAUGUGAUAUGUACACACAAUUAUGGUUUCAGACUUGAAACAAGUGUCUUGUUAAGCUUUGAUGACCUCAGAAUUUAGGGAACAUGGUGUUUUGAGAAGUUUCAUCAGAAAGAUUUAAGCAUUUGACAGUAGCUCCUGUGAUCUGAAGUGCCUUGGAAGAUGAAAAAUCAACCAGUUGAGGGAACAUAGUUGUACAAAUAUAAUGAUAAUGAAACAACAGUUCUCGCCUA